AAGAGAAGGUCUGGUUUGAGUUCUGCGGUGUCAGACUUGGAUUUUAUUUGAUGUUCCCCUCACGACUGCUCAGAGUAGCAGCUGAAAGGUGUGUUGGUGGAAUGAAGGAGUGCUGCUCUGGACAACCAUUCAUUAAAUUGGGAAGAAAGACCUGACCCUGCCCAGUGUUGAGGUCGAGGCACAGGAAAAAUGGCAACUAAUCUUAAAGGCAAAGGUAGAGUGAAACCCAAUCACCCCCCUCCUCCCCCACCCGUACCCAGACCCCAGGGUCUGACCCAAGAGCAGCUAGAGGGUUUGGAGCAGGCACAACCAAACGAGAAGCUCCACAAAAACACUGAGAACUCAGAGGAAACGCAGCCUGGCCCAGCCGAGAAUCUCUCCAUGAUCCCAGAUGACGAGCCCCUGUACAGCAGCCCAAAUGAGUUGACGCCCCCUGUCAGUCGCCGGCCGAAGCCUGUCCGUCCUCCGCUGCCGAGUAGAGCCACUUUACGCCGUUGGGUCUCUGAGGGAACUGGAACGUCAGCGUACAAGGAAGUAGAGUCCAGACCACCUCUCAGGCCUGGAUCAUCAGUGUAUAAGGAAGCAAAGCUCAGAAGACCUCUCAGGCCUUCUUUGGGGCCUGGGGCAUCAGUGGAGAAGGACACAGAGCCCAGGCCUCCUCUAAGGCCGUCUUUGAGGCCUGGAGCAUCGGUGUACAAGGAAGCGAAGCUCAGGCCUCCUCUCAGACCUCCGCUCAGGCCUGGAGCAUCAGUAUACAAGGAAACAGAGACCAGGCCUCCUCUCAUGAGGCAGACGGAGACAGAGACGGAAACAAACUCAGAACAGCUCAGGCCUGAUGACCCAUCACAGACCACACAGCCUGAUGACCUGUCACAGACCACACAGCCUGAUGACCGGUCAGAGACAACACGACCUGAUGGUCCGUUAGAGACUAUACCGCCUGAUGGUCUGUUAGAGACAACACAGCCUGAAGACAUGUCAGAGACAACACAGUCUGACGGUUCAUUAGAGACAACACAGCCUGAUGACCGGUCAGAGACAACACAGCCUGCACAGAGUGAUUCCCAGGAAGAAGAGCCAGGGGAUCCUUUGUAUGUUGAUGUCUUGGAAGAGCCUCAUUAUAUUGACCCAGAUGAGCUCAACCUACCGAUCUUCAGAGGCAAACACAAGCCCUCCCGUCCUCCACCGCCAAGCAGUUCCUCCGUUCGCUACUCCCCUUCCCCUGGCUACGCCCCUUCCCAUGGCCACUCCCUCUCCCUCGGCUCCUCCCCUGCCCCUGACUGGUACAAGGCCAGAGCAUUGCAGAGACUGCAGAGUGGCCAGAGUAGCGCUGGUGACCACCAUGCACCCAAAACCGGCCUGUACCCACAGCUGUCUCUCCCGAGCCGACUGCCCACAGCGAGGAGCCCUCAGCAGUCCCUCCUCAGCAAAAAGAAUGAGCUGGACAUGCUGAUGGAGUGGUGGUGCACUGCCAAAUGCUGGGAGAAAAUGUAUAAAUCAGACAUAGACCAGCAAGUGGAAGAGCAGAACAAACAAACCCUUCUCUCGGAAGCGCAGCGGGUCCGACUGGCUCUGAAUCUCUUCGAGUGCCUCUUGUUCCACCGCGGUCAGAUCUUCAACAGCCACAUCACGCAGCUCUACGGCCUGGCCGACAAGCUGGACGAGACCAAGAAGAAGGCCAAGGUGGCGGGCAUCGCCGGGGGCAGCGUGGCCGCCGCCACGGGCAUCGUCCUGGCCCCCUUCACCCUGGGCCUGUCCCUGACCGCCACGGCCAUCGGCGUCGGGGUGGCGGUCAGCGGCGCCAAGGGCGGCUCGUCCACCAUCACCGACAAGUGGUACAGCGGCCAGGAGCGCCGGAAGGUGGAGGAGAUCCUGCAGGAGCACAAGGCCCAGAUGGAGGACGUGGAGGGCUGCCUGCAGUUCAUCAACGCCGGCACCGAGCGCCUGCGCAAGUUCGAGGACGCCGCCGUCGCGCAGGACGUGGACGACGAGGUGGCGAAGAUGAUGAGGGUGGCGCAGAUCUUGGGCAAGAACCUGGCCGAGACGCAGCCCACGUCCUCGCCCACCAGGGUGCUGCAGGGGUUCGCGGCGAGCAUGGACAUUUACUUCCAGGAGGAGCAGAAGCUGAAGAAGGACUCGGAGACCAAGCUGGCCCGGAAGAUGCGCGAGCUGGCCAAGCAGAUGAAGAUCGGCGUGGACGCGCUGAUGCUGGUGAGGAACAGGAUACGCGCCGCGGUGGAGCAGGUGGAGGCCCACGAGCAACGCUGAACGGACUAAAGCCCAGUUCACACCAAAGAUUCCCAACGCUGAACGGACUACAGCUCAGUUCACACCAAAGCAGGGCUGUACGCUGCGAGCACCUCGUCGCAAAUGCGAGUAAAUAUAUAUUAGUGCUAAUUGAAAAUAUGAAAUGGGAGCACAGGUGCGAGUACUGAAUUCAACCCUUUUAUUCGCAUUUUGCUCCUAAAAAUCCACACCAAGUGGAUCAAAGUAUAGGCUAGUACAAUUUUCGCGCAUCUGUAUACAAAUUUCAUAGUUGACAACUCUAACGCUCCUGGCUGGAAACUCACGCUUUCAGCAUCAACCUCUCACACACGCAAGAAAUGUCACUCCAAAACCAUUCUUCUUUUUCUUCAAUCUGUUCGUUAUCAGUUGGUGACUUUGUAGCGAUUACCGUUGAAACGGCAAACCAUGAUAAGAAUGUUGACUAUAUAGCCUACAAUUACCGUGUUCAUUUCAAAUAUUAUUAUCAUCACGGUUGAUAAACACGGUGUGGAAACCGUGUUAGCUUCACCCCAGCCUGAAUUUGACAUAGGCCUGGUUGACUUCUAUGAAAGAAA